AAAUGCACGGGCGGCCCGUGCAUCUCCAUACUAUCGGCCGUUUGAAACGGACCGACUUUUUUGUCAAAAUUUUCGACAUUUGUCUUUCAACAACUUGGAACCUGUGUGCAGUCUUUUAAACGUGUGACGUGGACUUGUGCAACUUGUGUAAAAAAAAUGACGCCGUCCGUGAGUUGUAGCGCUCACUUCGAGACAACACACACGACACAACACAAACCGCGGAAAACACGACAUCAUGGACACCGACAUGGAUAUCACGACCACCCAGCGUGGCCGGCAGACCAAAACCCCGGGGAAAUUCCAGCAGACGGGCUCUCUCGGUGCCGCCGUAGGCGGUGGAGGCUUGCUCUCCAGCAAGAGAGUGCUGCUGCCUGGCAUCUCGGGGAACACUCAUGUUACCACGGGAGGCGCUGCCGCCACCAACACUCAGAGCGAGGGUGGAGCAGGCCGCCGGCGAGGGGUGGCAACCACUGCUCCUACCCCCCCGGGAAAAGGAAAAAACAAAGCGGCGGACGCGAAGCAACAACUGCAAGCCAUCAUGGCGGACCGCCGUUUUUCGGACGACACAGCAACAGCUACAGCAGACAGCAUCGUCAACGUUGGCAACAGCGACGAUAGCAAUAGCGACAGCGACAGAUGACUCACACACAACCCUAGCUG